GAGCCAAAUAAUUCUUUUUUGUGUUUCCAAGAAAAAAUCACGCACCAAGUUCGUUCUCUCUAACGCUCAAACCGCACUGCUAACGCGCAGAGCAUGCUACAGUUCAGUUCACGAGCUGUUGAAUCACAUCAAGGCAGGGUUAACACGGGCGCUCACGCGUGACCGGGAGUUUACUCGAGAACCGUUAUACCGGAGAAAGAUAAGCAAGUCUAUUAAGAUGAGAUGCUGGACGACUUGCCCUAACUACGUCUCAAUGGAACGUAACUUUCUGAUAUUUCCUUCGUGAAGACAGAAAAUUACCAUUUGGAAAAUAAAUGGAUUCAAGCUUUUAAUAUUUCAUGAGAGAUGCUCCAGGAGAAGGCCUCAGCUGUGACGGAUGACAGUGUGACUGGGGUCCAAUCUGGAGGGCCAGAUCUCAGCCCUGACUCCUCACACUUGGGCCUGCCUACAACUCCUAGCACCCCCCAGGGCAAUGAGCCAGACCAGAAUAUUGAGAACAUCAAGGUUCUUCUUCAUGAGAGGGAGCUGUGGAAGAAGUUCCAUGAGGCGGGAACAGAGAUGAUCAUAACGAAAGCAGGCAGGAGGAUGUUCCCCAGCUACAAGGUUAAAGUGACGGGCAUGAACCCGAAAACGAAGUACAUCCUCCUCACAGACAUUGUCCCCGCCGACGACCAUCGCUACAAGUUCUGUGACAACAAGUGGAUGGUGGCAGGCAAGGCGGAGCCAGCCAUGCCAGGGAGGCUCUAUGUCCACCCAGACUCCCCAGCUACAGGAGCCCACUGGAUGAGGCAGCUGGUGUCCUUUCAGAAGCUAAAACUCACCAACAACCACCUGGACCCCUUUGGGCAUAUCAUCCUGAACUCGAUGCACAAGUACCAGCCUCGGCUCCACAUCGUCAAGGCCGACGAGAACAACGCCUUUGGGUCUAAGAACACAGCCUACUGCACUCACGUGUUUCACGAGACAGCCUUCAUCUCUGUCACCUCCUACCAGAACCAUAAGAUAACUCAGCUGAAGAUCGAGAACAACCCGUUUGCCAAGGGUUUCCGUGGUAGCGACGAAGGGGACCUGCGUGUCUCCAGACUCCAGGGAAAAGACUACCCAGUGAUUUCUAAGAACAUGGUUCGCCAGAGGCUCCUCUCCUCACAUGGUCACCGGACGGGGAAGCUGGGAGCUGGGGUGCACCUGUCGGGGCACCCCCAGGUCCUCUCCCACUACCAGUACGAGGGUGGGGUGCCCCUGGGGAACUCAGACCACCAGGAACACAUCUCCAAUUCCUUCCCUCCAAGCCGAGAGCCCAGCCUGCUCUACCACUGCUUCAAACACAGAGAUAACACCAGGCACUUGGAACUGGGUUGUAAACGGCCAUAUCUGGACACAGCACUUCCAGCAGUCUCAGAGGAACACUACUUCUGCUCUCCUCCCACCUACGAGCCUCCACUGCUGUCCCACCCCUAUUGCGGUGAGGCCAUAAGCUCCAGGGAGGCCUGUAUGUACGGAGGGAUGGAGGGAGAGAACGGGCACGGGGCUGGGGGUGCUGACGACCUGGCUCCCCCCUCUCUGAACUGCAACAUGUGGGCGUCGGUGCAGCCUUACCCGCGGUACAGCGUGCAGACAGUGGAGGCUGUCCCCUACCAGCCCUUCACUGCUCACUUCACCAGUACUGCCACCGCCACCUCCGUGGUGCCCCACCACACCCCCACCGGACCCCCUCGCCCCCAGUCCGACAUAGGAAUUUACAGUCCAGCCACAGCACAGCGAGGCCUGGCCACCAUCCCCUCGUCGUCCUCCAUCUCGUCUUCCUCUCCACCGGUUCCUGGUUCCAGGGGUAGCAGGCCGGUGGUCCAACCUCCUCUGUACCACAGGAAGCCUGGGCCUGGGUCUCCUCUCCGGCCUCACAGGGAGUUCUCGGCCUUCCCAACACAGAGCACCCUCCCAUCCAUCCGGGACCCGUCCUACCAGUACCAGAUGGGGCAGAGCAGUGUAGGGGCCCACUGGAAUGAUAGCUAGGGCUAGGGAGUGCUGUGUGGCUCCUGAGGCAGCGGCAAUGUCCACCCAUCCGGUCAGUUCAGAAUCAGCCAGCCAGCCAACUUUGAACUGCCUGUGAGGCAUCUGAAAUUAGAUUAUGUUGAAAUACAGCCAUGAUGACCAUGAUGAAGCCAUAGUAGUUUAGCAUGAGGAGAAGCAGAUCAGAGUGACCAAACUCCAAUAGAAGCCUACAUCUGCCUAAAAGAUCUGCUCCUUCAGAUCCAUGUUGUCCUGACUGGAGGAGCAUUGUGCCUGUGAUGAUGAUAAUGAGUAUUCCAGAGGAAGAACCCCUCUAUAGAAUUAUGCAAAAGCUUGCCAUAUAAUGGCUUAAAAAAAUCAUCUAAAACGUUCAAUGUCAAACUGCCAAAAGGAGAUGUGUUCAGCAAAGUGAAAAAUAUCCAUUAUGCCUUUGAAGUAGUGUGUUUAUGGUAAAGAUGGACAAGUACCAGUAAUGAAUUGAUUAAGGUUUCUAAGAAAAACAUUUAAAUGCAAAACUUGAUCAUAUUAUUAUCAGCAAACGAGGGAGUGGGACAUGGAUGUGUAUGUGUAAAGAGAUUGAAGUAACAGGCCAAGUGUUUUGUUGAAACUUUGAGUAAAGCCUUCAUUUAAUUUUGCAAUCUCUGCUUGUAUUGAGAUACAUUGCCAGUUAGAAAUCUGUUGAACUUGUAAACAUGGGCUGCAGGUAAACUACACAACAAGCCCACCCAUGCAGUCCAUUUGAGCAGAGCUUAAGUGAGUGUAGUUCUAGAUCUCAUCUUCAACCAUACUCCUCUGCUAGCCAUAUUGUAAGCUAGCGUGACACUACUAAGCAUGAAGCCAAACGGCCCUUAGUUAGCGGUAACCCAAGUCUUUGAACCACAAUAGGGCAGUAAUCACUUAGCACUUUGGCUCCAAACCUGCGGUCCGUUCCGAAGCAGCGUUCCCGCCUGUUGAAGUGAGACUUCAGAGAAGGUCCCUGGCCAACCAGAUGGGAGCUUAAGGAAUCAUUGUUAAGCCAACGCUAGUGCAGAACACAGAGCUCCGCACAAAUCCCAGCCCCAAAUGACUGCGUUGGAAAAAUCCUUACAAGACUGCAAAUGUAAAACAGCCCGAGUGGGGCGGGCGAGGAGCCACAUUGUGAAGUCAAGCUGAGCUGAACUGAAGCAGGGACGACUGGGUAACAUUCAGCCCGGCCUGUCUGACCUUGAUAAGUAGGGAUGGGUAAUAAUAGAACAAUAUGGUGGGUCUAUUACCUAGCAGACCCACAUUAUCUCUUCAUUAUUACAUGUUUUUUCUCCAUAUAACUUCUUUGAAUUUUUUUUCUCCCAAACAUGAUGAAAUAAAUAUUUGAAUGCCUCCCAUUGUUGCUUAGCGUUAUGUAAAACAAAUAAACAGUCAACAGAGUACCUUUGCGGAUGUAUUGCACUGGUAAUAAUGUUAAUGGUUAUUACCUUGGCUAUCUUGGAUUCAGUCUGAAUUUAACUUCCGUCUAUCCUCCACUAGCACUUCUUGUCAUUGGUGAUCUAAGACACAUAGGCUCACAUCAAUCAUUACGGGCGGCAGGUAGCCUAGCAGGUUAGAGCGUUGGGCCCACAGAAAUAUAAAUUAUAUUUCUAUUGUUGGGCCAGUCACCAAAAGGUCGCUAGUUCGAAUCCUCUAGCCCGACAAGGUGAAACGUCUUUCGAUGUGCCCUUGAGCAAGGCACUUAACCCUAAUUGCUCCAGGGUCGCCGCAGAUAAUGGAAAAUCCUGGCCAUGACCCCACUCACCGAGGGUGUCUCGGGGAGAGGUGGGAUAUGCAAAAAAACACAUUUCCAAUUCACAGUUGUACAUUUGUGUAAUAGGACAAAUAAGCACCCACCAAAUUAUUAUUAUUAAAAACCAAUCAAGCUAUCAACGACAUUUUUAAACAUUAACAACUACACCCACCUAAAUGGCAUCAAACCAUGAACAUUGACUGGGUUAGUUAGUUAUCUGUCAAGUGAGAUAAUUUGUGUGUAUGUCAUAUGUCAGUGUAUGUGUGUGUAUGUGUGUCAGGGCAGCUGGCUGGACAGUACAGUAUGUAAAUGAAUGGGUGAGGUACAACAUCCCAGGGCAUACAUACAUACCGGUACUGUAGCCCUCUGCUUUCUCACACACAGCAAUCAUUAGGGUCCUGAGUUAUGGUUCUGCCCUGGCUCUUGUCAGUGCCUCCUCUCUCUCUCUCUUCCUUGUUCUCUCUCUCUCUUGCCUUCAUUCUUUCUCUCACCCUCAUUCUCUUUCUCUGUCUCUAGGAGAACUUCCCACUCCAACAAAUCAAUGUUCAGAGAUCUAGGGUCUUCAAACAGGAUGAAAUGUCUACCUUGUCAAACGGUGGGUGAGAGGUGCUUAUUUUUUGUAAACAGAGAUCAUGUUAGUAUCUUGAACAUUAAUUACAUUUGUACUUAACAUGACAGUGGCUAUGCAUGUAUUUCCCAUAUGCUGUAUAGGCAACUUAGGUUAAGUAUACACUUUUACUGGUGUGACAAACAUCCCACAAUACAUACACCACAGAUAAAAUAAAUAAAGAUAAUUUCCUCUCUGAAA